AGCAGCCGGGGGGAUGGACCUGCUCGGCUUGGGGGCUGUGAAGCAGCUCGCAGAGGGCCUGGCCGGCCUGCCCAUGUUUCCUUACUUCGACACGGCGCACUACAUCGUGUCUGUGAUGGCUUUACGGGAGCAGCCAGGUCUCUGUAAGUCUUCCAGUAGACAGGAGCGUUGGAGGUGUCUCGGAGGAGCCCGUUCGCGUGCUGGUUCAGCUCCAUGCUAUACUGUUUUGGAGGAGCUGUGCUGUCCGGCAUCAUCAUGGCAGAGGCCCCGGUCGCCCCGCUGGCCAACAGCACCAAUGUCCUGCUUGCCUCGCUAAUGUGGUAUCUGGUGUUCUACAGUCCACUGGAUGCCUUGUACUCAUGUGCCACAGUUUUGCCGGUGCGGCUGGUCCUGACGGGUAUGAAGGAAGUGACGCGCACCUGGAAGGUUCUGAGUGGCGUCGUCCAGGCCAGCAAGAAAUACCAAGAUGGGCUGUUUGUCAUGAUCGCAGUGGGCUGGGCUAAAGGUGCUGGUGGUGGUCUUAUAAGCAAUUUUGAGCAGCUGGUUCGAGGCGUCUGGAAACCGGAGACCAACGAGCUGCUGAAGAUGUCAUACCCAACGAAGGUGACUCUGAUCGGAGCGGUGCUGUUCUCCCUGCAGCAGUGUCGCUACCUCCCCCUGCAGACGCCCGAACUCAUGCUCCUCUACACUGUCUUCAUUGUCGUCAACAAGACACGGAUGAUGCUGAUGGGUUCCUCCUCAUCACCCUUCGCUCCGGUGGAAUCAGCCCUCUACCAGACCUUGUUCGCUCGACCCCUGACCUACGCUCCCCUGACCAAUCAGAGCCACACUCCAACUCAGACCCCUUCCUGUCCCGCCCGCCCGGAGAGCAAAGAUGCAAGUGUCCUCAACGGCUCAUCCCAAACUGAAGAGGCACAGGACCACAGCAAGAACUCCAAAAAGACCAACUAGUGCCCACUUCCCUCUGGGCUCUCUCUCCACUGUGAUUCUCUCUCUACGACACUUUCAGCAGGUGGAGUAAAGCAUUAGAAUUACUCCCUCAUGUAGCUCCGUACCUUCUCGCUCUUAAUGUGUUGCCAGCACUUUCGCAACAUUACAGCUGAAUCUUUAAUGAAGUGUUUGAAGACAGCGCUUCAAAAGUCUCUUUCAGGACGUUUUUAUCUCUACACUUGGUUUGGAUCUGUAUAUAUUUCUUAAUCUGAAAUAAUUCUGAUUUUACAAAGACAAAUCUAUAAUUGUGAUUAUAUUUUAUAUUAUUUAUAUAAAAAAAACUCACUUAAGAAUGUAAUGAUUUUAAGUACUAUAUUUGCUGUACUUUGCAUUGUUUCCAGUAUGAAUGAAAUUGUAAUGAAAAUAUAUAUAAAAAAAUAAAAUUGUUUGCACUGUU